GUGCGUGUGAGUGCGUGCGUGAGAAUUCGCGCGUGGCUUUGGGCGGUGAUCAUCUUCCUUCUUCUCUCUCUCUCUCUCUCUCUCCUCUCCUGUUUCCUACAUCCAUCGAUCUCCGUCAUUCAUCGUCAACGCGAUACACCAUCUCAUCAUUAUUUUUUUUCGCGAACAGAAAGAAAAGCUCCGAAUCGCUGAAAUUGAGCUACGUCUCUUUCUCGAUUGUGCUGUUGUCCUUGUCUUCACGCUCAAUCAGGUACACAAUAAUUAAUAAGAGUUUGCAAAGGCAAUUGUUCGAAGUGAAUGGUCAUGAGUGAAAAUAUUGUUUUGUGGUGAUGGGUGACGUUCAGGAAUCCGGACAUCUGGCUUUUGUUUAUAUGACAGAGUUCAUUACAUCUAACAACAAGUGUUGAUGAAGAUGUGUUACUAAAGCUUUUUGAGUAUGGAAUAUUCAUAUUAUGAUUUUCUGGGUUAUGCAACAAUUGGAAUUUAGGAGCCCAGGGGACAAAGAUGAAUGUACAGGCACAUACGUCCAGGCAGAUCUCAGGGCAGGUAUCUAAUCAAGCUGGCACUCAGGUGCCUGGGCUACCCCAGCAGAAUGGAAACUCUCUUUCCACCCAGAUACAAAAUUUAGGUGGCCAUCGUAAUACACCCAAUGUGGAGCCAGAACGCCGAUUUGUGCAAGGGAAGAUCUAUGACUUUUUCUUGCAGCGGCAGCAACCAGCUCAAGAUAUACCACCAAAGAGGCUAAUGGAUAUUGUAAGACGGUUAGAAGAGGGUCUAUUCAGAACUGCCGGCACAAAGGAGGAGUAUAUGAACAUGGAGACCUUAGAGAAUCGUUUACACCUUUUGAUCAAGCGCCCGCUUUUGGGUAGUCAAAAUCAACAUUUUCCACAACCAGUUAAUUCUUCUUCUUCCGUUGGUACAAUGAUACCAACUCCUGGUAUGCCUUACAGUGGGAACUCAAACUUGAUGGUUACAUCAUCUGUUGAUACUUCAAUCAUUGCUGCCAGUAGCAUAGCUUCAACAACAGUCAAUACCGGAAGUUUAAUGCAAACUGCCAAUGGACCUUCUGUUGGUCUACAUGGGGGUUCCUUUAGUUCAUCUGAUGGAUCUUUAUCUAAUGGAUAUCAAAGGUCACCUUCCAAUUUCUCCAUCAGUUCCAGUGGAAACAACAUGAUGUCGUCAGUUGGUGUUGACAGAAUGACAAGUCAAAUGAUUCCUACUCCUCGAUUUAAUAGUAACAAUAAUCAGCCUUACAUGAACUUGGAAUCAUCUAAUAAUGGUGGUGGUUUUUCAAGCGUCGAAUCUGCAAUGGUGUCACAACCACUACAGCAAAAGCAGCAAAUUGGUGGUCAAAAUAGCCGUAUACUGCACAACCUUGGCAGCCAUAUGGGUGGUGGAAUUAGGUCUGCUUUUCAGCAGAAAUCUUAUGGAUUUUCAAAUGGGCCCUUAAAUGGUGGGUUAGGAAUGAUUGGAAGCAACUUGCAACUAUUGAGUAGUCCAGGAACCUCGGACGGUUAUCUGACAGCAACACCAUAUGGCAGUGCACCAAAACCUUCACAACAACUCUACAAUCAACAUCAACAACCAACAAUGCAGGGUGAUGGCUAUGGUAUGAGUAGUGCUGAUUCUUCUACAUCUGGAAACUUCUAUGGCCCUGUAACUUCUGUUGGAUCAAUGAUGAAUAAUCAGAAUUUGAAUCCAGUAAGCUUGCAGUCCAUAUCCAAAACUAACUCUCAAUUGAUUACCAACCAGUCAAAUUUGCACAGUAAUCAACUGACUGCACAAUUAAAGCCUCAAUCAAUCGAUCAAUCAGAAAAGAUGAAUUUCCAAUCUCCACAGUCUCUGCGAGAGAAUCUCUUACAGUCUCAUCAACAGCAGCAAUAUCAACAGCAGCCUCAUCAACAGCAGCAAUAUCAACAGCAGCCUCAUCAGUUUCAACAACAGCAAAGUCAGCAGCAUCGGCUUUUAAAGAAUGAUGCUUUUGGUCAACCUCAGAUUUCAUCUGAUCUAGGCAGUCAAAUAAAGCUUGAGCAUGGAAUGGAGCGUCAUGAGGAAGCGCUGCAGUCGCAAGUGUCCGAACAAUUCCAACUGUCCGACUUGGAUAACCAUUUUCAGCAGAACUCUGCUGAAGGUCAUUCUGGAGGUACUCAGUUGCUCUCUCUUACUUCUGGCCCACAGGAUAUAUGUUCAUCAAUGACUCAACCUUCACAACAAAUGCAACAAUUGAUGCAUCCACACCAGUUGGUUUCUGACUGUCAAAGUGAUUUUAGUUGUGUUUCUAUCGGAGUACAACCUGAGGCAGUUCUGCAGGGUAAAUGGCAUACUAAAUCUCAUGACAGGUCGCUCAUACCAGGGAACUUGUCACAUGAGCAGAACAUCCGAGAGGAAUUCCGUCAUAGAAUAAUUGGGCAAGAUGAAGCUCAACUCAAUAAUUUAUCUACAGAGGGAUCCAUCAUUUCUCAAACUCUUACUACUAGAACAGCUGAGCCCCCACAAUCUGUUGGAGUUAUGUGUAGAACUAGUAAUCAACCCCAUGAACGGCAGUUCAGGGAUCAGCUAAGGUGGUUAUUGUUCUUGCGGCAUGCUCUUCGAUGUCCAGCACCAGAAGGGAAAUGCCGAGAGGCUAAUUGCAUAACUGCUCAAAAACUGUGGAGGCAUAUGGACCGAUGCAAUGUAUCUCAAUGUCUGUAUCCUCGCUGCCAUGGUAGUAGGAUAUUACUUGAUCAUUACAAGCAUUGCAAGGACCCUAGUUGCCCUGUUUGUGUUCCUGCCAGGAAUUAUAUACAAUCACAAGUGAAGGCACAAACUUGUCCAGAUUCUACUUCUGGUAUACCUUGUUCAGUCAAUGUGUCCCAUAAUUCCUGUGAUGGAGAGACUAAAACUAGAUUGACUUCAAAGAUGAGUCCACCGGUUGUUGAAACUUCAGAAGAUCUGCAACCUUCUUUGAAACGCAUAAAGAUUGAAGAGCCCCCUCAGUCUCUUAUUCCUGAGAGUGAGAAUUCUGCUCUAACCAUUCCUGCCAUUAGUGAAUCCUAUGCUCCACAGGAUGUACCAUGUGAGGAAUUCCAUCAUGCUGAUCCUUGUAUGCUGAUGGAAUCUGAGGUCACGGAAGUGAAGAUGGAAAUUCCUGUCAGUUCUGUGCAAGAAAGUCCUAUUGUUAGUGAAAUGAAGGAUAAUAUGGAUAAUACCUACAGCGGGAGGUCUUAUGGUGAAUCUAUUGUAUCAAAUGAUCCUGGUUUUGUUAAGCAAGUGAGUCUUAACAUGGAGAAAGAGAUGGACCAGCCUAAACAGGAAAAUCUGACAAUGCCUGUUGAAAAUGUCACCGGAACCAAGUCUGGGAAACCAAAAAUAAAGGGGGUGUCAUUGACUGAACUGUUCACUGCGGAGCAAGUCAGGGAGCAUAUUAUAGGUCUCAGGCAGUGGGUGGGCCAGAGCAAAGCAAAGGCAGAAAAGAAUCAAGCAAUGGAGCAUUCAAUGAGCGAGAACUCUUGUCAGUUGUGUGCAGUUGAGAAGCUCACGUUUGAACCGCCACCUAUAUAUUGCACUCCUUGUGGUGCUCGUAUUAAAAGGAACGCAAUGUAUUAUACCGUUGGAAAUGGCGAUACACGACACUACUUCUGCAUUCCGUGCUACAAUGAGGCCCGUGGAGAAACUAUUUUAGUUGAUGGUAAUGCUGUUCAAAAGGCAAGACUGGAGAAGAAGAAAAAUGAUGAGGAGACUGAAGAAUGGUGGGUUCAAUGUGAUAAGUGCGAAGCUUGGCAACAUCAAAUCUGUGCAUUGUUUAAUGGUCGUAGGAAUGACGGGGGGCAAGCUGAAUACACUUGUCCAAACUGCUAUAUAAAAGAAUUUGAAACAGGAGAGCGCACGCCUUUACCACAGAGUGCUGUUCUUGGAGCAAAAGAUUUGCCUACAACAAUUCUCAGUGACCACAUUGAGCAGCGGUUGUUUAGGCGUCUUAAACAAGAAAGACAAGACAGGGCGAGGGUUCAAGGGAAAAGUUUUGAUGAGGUUGCUGGAGCAGAAGCACUUGUAGUUAGAGUUGUGUCAUCAGUUGACAAAAAAUUGGAUGUGAAGCCGCGUUUUCUUGAAAUUUUUCAAGAAGAGAAUUACCCAAUAGAAUUCCCUUAUAAAUCCAAGGUAGUAUUGUUGUUUCAGAAAAUUGAGGGUGUAGAAGUAUGCCUGUUUGGCAUGUAUGUCCAAGAAUUUGGAUCUGAAUGUCUACAGCCAAAUCAGCGUCGUGUUUAUCUCUCAUAUCUGGAUUCCGUCAAAUACUUCAGGCCUGAGAUCAAAGCAGUGACAGGAGAGGCUCUUCGUACGUUUGUUUAUCAUGAAAUUCUGAUUGGAUACCUGGAAUAUUGCAAGAAACGCGGUUUUACAAGUUGCUAUAUAUGGGCUUGCCCUCCAUUGAAGGGCGAAGAUUAUAUUUUAUAUUGCCAUCCAGAAAUUCAGAAAACUCCAAAGUCUGAUAAACUCAGGGAGUGGUAUUUAGCAAUGUUAAGAAAAGCCGCAAGGGAAAAUAUAGUGGUUGGCCUCACAAAUUUAUACGACCACUUCUUUGUAAAGACCGGUGAAUGUAAAGCUAAGGUAACAGCAGCCCGGCUGCCUUAUUUUGAUGGAGACUACUGGCCUGGUGCUGCAGAGGAUAUGAUCUAUCAGCUUCGUCAAGAAGAGGAUGGCAGAAAACAACAGAAGAAAGGAACUACCAAGAAGACCACCAUAACAAAAAGGGCUCUAAAAGCAUCUGGUCAAUCUGAUCUUUCUGGGAAUGCAUCGAAAGAUCUGCUUCUUAUGCAUAAACUUGGUGAAACAAUUUCCCCAAUGAAGGAAGAUUUUAUCAUGGUUCACUUGCAGCAUGCAUGCAACCAUUGCUGUAUUCUAAUGGUAUCUGGAAACCGUUGGGUUUGCAACCAGUGCAAAAAUUUUCAACUUUGUGAUAAGUGUUAUGAUGCGGAACAAAAAAGUGAAGAGAGGGACAGACAUCCUAUCAAUCAAAGAGACAAACAUUCACUAUAUCCAGUCGAAAUCAAUGAUGUAGCUCCAGAUACUAAGGAUAAAGAUGAUAUUCUUGAAAGCGAAUUUUUUGAUACCAGACAGGCAUUUCUGAGUCUUUGUCAGGGGAACCAUUAUCAAUAUGAUACCCUACGUCGUGCUAAACAUUCGUCAAUGAUGGUCCUCUACCAUCUUCACAAUCCCACUGCCCCUGCAUUCGUGAUCACAUGCAAUAUAUGUCGUCUUGAUAUUGAAGCUGGUCAAGGUUGGCGCUGUGAGAUAUGCCCCGAUUAUGAUUUAUGCAACGCUUGUUAUCAAAAGGAUGGGGCAGUUGAUCAUCCUCAUAAGUUGACUAAUGGUACAGCUGAUCGUGAUGCGCAGAAUAAAGAAGCUAGGCAACUACGGGUUGUGCAGCUUAGAAAAAUGCUUGAUCUUUUGGUGCAUGCAUCUCAAUGUCGUUCUCCACUUUGCCAAUAUCCACAUUGUCGAAAAGUCAAGGGGCUUUUUCGCCAUGGUAUUCAAUGUAAAACGCGUGCUUCUGGAGGCUGUACCCUUUGUAAGAGAAUGUGGUAUCUCCUUCAACUUCAUGCUCGAGCUUGCAAAGAAUCUGAAUGCCACGUACCACGUUGCAGAGAUCUGAAAGAACAUAUGAGGAGGCUGCAACAACAGUCUGAUUCCCGGCGAAGGGCUGCAGUGAUGGAGAUGAUGAGGCAGCGAGCAGCAGAGGUUGCUGGCAAUGAUGGAUAAACAAGUUGUACAUAUAUUGUUAUGGAUGCUUAGAAGAAAACCUCCCAUAGAGAGGGAGAUAUAGAUUACAGUUCCGAGUGACUGAUAAAAGAGUAGAAGCAGGCAGCUACAGCACAAGUGUGCUCAUAAUCUUUUGAGGGGAUAGCGGAAGGAAAUUUGCAGCAAAGUGGUUAACAAUCAAUUGGUAGUGGAUAAUUCUUUGAUUAACAUUUUAAACAGCUGAAUUCUCCCCUCCCUGCAGAAGAUUUCGAAGUUUAUUGAUCGGAGCUGCCCUCAUCUUCAACUAUAACUAAUUAUCUUCCAUCGAAGUGAAAGGAGUAUUGAAGUUUCUCCCUUUUUCGUGAUUCUUUGAUUUUAUCUUGUAAGUGCUAUCGUUGGAUGGGCACGGUGUACUAUAUAGUUCUCCUAAUCUGUGUAUGUUCUUUUAGAACGGAAUUCAAGAGGGAGGUCAGUUUUUUAGUCUGUCUUUUUUGGCUCUGCCCUCCUUAUAUGUUCAUACAUUUUGUAGAUUGUCUUCUUUAUUUAAAGAUAAAAAAUAUAAUAAUAAUAUUAAUAAGUAGCAAUCACGGAACAGCAAUAAA